GUAUUAAAAAAAGUUAGUAGAGCUGUGACAGUCGUGGAGAGCGCACGCUGGUUUAAUUUAAUAACGGGGUAAAUUUAUUUCAAACAAAAUGCCGAAGAAAUUGAAAGUUGUAGUGAAGUCUAUGUACUCGCACGAAAUUCGGAAGGAUGUGAGCCUCGCCGACUUGAAGUCACUAAAACUUGAAGAUGCGUGGCCAUUUAUUAGAGAUGAAAUUGAAACAGAAAUCGGUAGCAGCCAAUUGGUUUGUAUCCCGCACAUUACGGAAGCAGACCUCUACAAAUGCACCUCUCUAUUCGUUCCUAACGAAAAAGAAACUAACGGUAAAAUGUUCACGCCGCUUGGAGAAUUGAGCAAGAAUCUUAAUAAGGCAAAAUCUAAUAGCGAUUACGUGAAAUGGCUGGAACAAGGCAAUUUUCAAGAGGAGGACUUUAAAUUUCCGCAUGAAAGUGUGAAGAUCACACUGCAAGAUGAAACCAUCAAGAACAAAGUGCGAGUGAUCAUGAUCAACUUCUCACGCGCCAGUGUCCCCAAGGACAAGCACCUUGAGAACAACAUCUAUCUCGAUGUCAAUAACAAAGAUCUGAAGGGCAAGAAGUCGGUGUACAUGAUCACGAACGUGCUGAUGGCGAAGACGAUCGAGUUCCGCGUGACGCGCGGCACCUCCUCGCGCAUCUUCCACCUCGGCAACCUGUCGCCGCUGGUCUUCGGGCUCGAGGAGUUCCUCAUCGGGGACGACGGCAAGCUCGUCAAGAAGGUACCAGUGACCAUCAAGUCCAAGGCGCUGCGUUGGAAGAAGGUGGACUCCUCGGACCAGCUGUACAUCGUGGGCAAGGACGAAGCAUGCACUGCUUAAAUUAUUUACAACAUUUAGUAGAAAUACUUCGGGCUACCUGAAUGAGCUCACCACAAGAUAAACUUGCUGCCACGUGAGAUUGCGGGUGUAGCAUGUAAACGUAAAAACUGUUUACUUAUUUAUAUAAAAAAUAUAGGCGCGACACUUGGCCUUAUGUUACGUGGAUGUCACGUAUUUUUUAAAAUAGGCAAAUAUUUUAAAGGUGAUUUUCAAAAUCUCGAUAGGUAAAGUAGAAAAAAAUAUUGUGUUAUCAAGGGCAGCUCUAGCACGACCUUAACAUCUCCAACACCGGAGCACCGGAGGAGUUUCGUUUCAGCGCCCCCUCAAGGCGGCGCCGCUCGCACCGCCCUAGGGUCGCCCUUCGUCGCUAAUGGAUGGGUAUUAGAUAAUUCUGUUUUAGGAGGUAUUAUCACUUGGCCAAGCCAUGACCUAUUUUAUGAUAAUAAAUCACUCUAGGUUUAGAUUAGAUGUUAUCUCAAUUUCUUAGAUGUUUCGAGAUAAUUGAUCUUUAUGAAACUGUAUGCAUACCAAUUGAAUUAUACAAAAAUAAUAUGGUUUAUGUGUAAUUUGACAUUCCAAAGUAUGACUCCACAACUUAUAUCGAGUGAUGUUAACUAAAAUCACAUUAGGUAUUACCUACAUUUCUUUCUCAAUCCUGCUCUGUGUCAAUGCUUUAUCACACUGGCGUUUUUGGUGGGUGAGUUCGCUGAAAUCGCCAGUGCGAAAAAGUCCGUCUUAACGGAGUUUAAUAGUAUUCCUAGAUAAUUAAUUAGGGUGUAAACAAAGACCCAGUACUUAAAAACUUAGUUACGUUCAGUAUUUGUGAUGUGAUGCUACUUAUACCAAUAGAUAAUUUUACCGCUACCUAAGCUUCUACAAUUCUAAAUAGCAUGUGGUGAUUAAUAUACACACUUCACAUAAGGAAGCGAACAUUGUGUUUGCACUUAUUUGAUGUGGAUGAUCUAAAUUUGUGUGCAUUUUCUAAGACUUCUCUAAGUCUUAUUGAUGUGGCCAGUCUCCCGCUGAGUAUUUUAUAGACGAACUAUAAUUUGAUAGUGUUUUCACCACCUGCAUUGUGAUACUUUUAGUUGUAACUAUCUGGAUAGGUACAUGUUUUCAAUGUUACAUUUGAUUUAUGGAAAGAUAGUGUAUUCCUAGAUGAAUGAUGCAAAUAGACAAAUGAUUAUUGAAGUAUUAAUUAUGAUUUUUUUACCCUGUGACUAUUUAUUGUGAUGUCAAUGUAAUUUGAUUCUAAAUGUGUAAUUUAUUAAGUAUUUUAUUAUUGUGACCAUCUACACAAUUAUCAGGCUAUCGUAUUAAAUGUUUUAUCACAUUUGUAUCUUUAAGAAAUAAAUGUUUUAAAUUUAAAUAAACUAUAUGUUGACAUAAUGAGAAA